AUGAAGGUUCAUGUCCUAUUCUUACUUAUCCAUUACUUUAACGGCGUUCAAGCUGGUCUUGAGGAUCAAAUCAUAGAGUUAGACCAACUGACUUUUACAGGAUGUGCAAAUUACAUUUUAGACACCGUACCAUACACAACACAGUUUAUGGACUGGGCUGUUUUUUGUCGCGAUAUGAACGCAUUGUCUUCACUUGUGGGUUGUUUCGAAUCAAUUGGGCGUAAUGAGUUAUACAUGUACGGCUACCUCUUUGAAGAAUGUGCUUCUGAAAACCUUGUGCUUGAUGAGUCUAACAUCACAAACGCUGCCAAUCAUUUGUUGAUAGACGGAGUUCCUGCAGAGUUUAUUCGCAAGGAUACACCUUCUGAAAAUGUCAAACGUCCUGUCAUUGUCAAUGGGACAGUUGCCAUGCUGUUCGUGCUUGGACAGCAACAGUAUGACAAGAUGUAUUCUGAUUCAACAUGGUAUGGAAUUGGUGCUUUGGGUUAUUGGCUAUCUGUGUGUUUGGUCGGAGCAAUUGCAAACUGGAGUGUGAUUAUAUUUCCAUCACUUCGAUUCAAGCUUAACGGAACUAUUGCAAAAUCAUGGAGAAAGUAUAUCACAUUACCUGCGCUUGCAAAAAAAUCUCAAUCUCGUCUGAAGACAAUUGGCUUAAUUGGGAUGCUCCUUCCCUCAAGAAUUGAAACCAUCGUGUCUGUUUUAUUCUUUGUCCUCCUAGUGGUUUUCAGCGCCGCUGGCAUCAAUCCGUACAAAAAUAAUCCAAACUUUGCACUGAAUGAGUUCACUUUGACUAAGUAUGUCGGAGACAGAGCUGCCCAUCUCUGUAUCUUUCUCGUUCCUCUUUUAUUGUUGUUCGGUGGUAGAAACAAUUUCUUGAUUUGGUUGACUCGCUGGAAAUUUUCAACUUUUGUUGCCUAUCACCGCUGGAUUGGACGCUGGGUAGUGUUGUUAGCUAUUGUUCAUGGAUGCUCGUACAGUAGCCUAUUCAACAUGACGAACACUUAUGGCUCUAGGGUGGCCACCUCAUUUAUUCAAUGGGGUAUUACAGGAAUAGUUGCAGGAUCUUUAGUCCUCUUUCAGGGCCUAUUGUUUUUAAGAAGAAGAUGGUAUGAAUUCUUUUUGAUUACACAUAUCGUCUUGGUGUUUGUGUUUGUGUUCAGCGCCUAUCAACAUACUGAGGAUCUAGGAUUCAGUGGCGUCUUGUAUGCUUCCUUUGCAAUUUGGGGCUUCGAUAGAUUUGUUAGACUAGCAAGACUAGUGGUCUUUGGUUUUCCAAUGGCGGAAAUUUCACUUCAAGAUGACAAGAUUAGGGUUACAAUUCCAAAACCAGCACACUGGACAGCUGUUCCUGGUGGCCAUGCAUGGAUUCAUUUUGGAGACAAAGCCUGGUUUUGGCAGUCACACCCAUUUUGCUGUAUUGCUGACGAAACAAAUUUAACUUUCUACUGCAAAGUACAAAAGGGAAUCACUGCUAAAUUCCAAAAGAAAUUGCAAUCGCAUCCUGAAAAAUCUUUCAAGAUUCGUGUCGGAGUUGAAGGCCCAUAUGGCAAAAGCAACCCAAUCAAACACCAUAGUGAUGUCGUAUUCAUUGCUGGAGGAAAUGGGUUUCCAGGAAUCUUUUCGGAGCUUGAACAACUUCUGAAAGCCCUGGAUUCUAAGCAGAGAUUACAAUUCAACUGGAUUGUCAAAGAUGUUGAUUCGUUUAACAUGAUGGCCGAACACAUCAAUAGGUUGUCUAUCGCACGAAUUGAAUUCAACGUCUACAUUACUCAAAAAUCCAGUCCGGGUCCUAAGUCAUUAGACAGCCCCUGUGAAGAAGAUGCUUUUGCUGAGAAAAAGUCCAUUAGCCAAGGGUCCAUUCCGCAAGAAGAAUUCCCGAGCGUCAAUUUCUAUUUCGGCCGGCCGGAUCUUAUGGAGACUGUUCAAUCAAAUAUUGAGGACUGUUCCACUGGAGUCGCGUUCGUCUGUUGCGGACCCACGGCUAUGAUUGACGACUUGCGUUACUUCGUUGUUUCAAACAUCGACAAGACGAACAAAAGGGUUGAUUUUUACGACACCUUGGAAAUUUGGGCUUAA